UUAAUUAUUAAAAAUAAUCGGCCUAUUUGACGAUAUUUCUACGAAAUUUGUUUCAAUUGAUUGUCAUGUGACUUUUUGGACCAAUCAAAACGCUCCGUUUCAAAGCAUCUUAUAAAGGGAAUAAUCGGCUCUGGGCUCUGAUUGCUGAGUAGGUGAAGGAAGGCAAAGGUGUUCUGACGAAUCCGUUCAAAGUUAUGGACACGAAGAGCCAUCCAACACUUAAACGGUAUCAGGAGCAUACCCCAGAGAGCAACUAAUGAUUCCUCUUGUAUGACCAUCAACUAGUCUCCCAUGUAUGGAGCAAAGCAGUGCAAUAAUGUUUAAGGCAUGAGUGUGAAAGCAAGAUAAUCUUAAUGCGUGGUGACUCGAUGACCAGUCCUGUGCGAAGAGACUCAACGAGUGAAUAUAGCAACAUGAGUGAACCUGGUAAAUUGGAAAUAGACACAGGGGCACCGGGCUCUGCAGCAAAGAUGGACUCUGCAAAACAAGAUGGUGAUAAUGAAGUAAGCAAUUCUGGGCAGAAUGAUACAGAUGCAUCUGGGACACCAAGUGGCAAAAGAGGGCGUCAGACCAAUCAGUUACAGUACCUUCAUAAAGUGGUGUUAAUGAAAGGUGUUUGGAAGCAUCAGUUUGCUUGGCCAUUCCAUUCUCCUGUUGAUCCAGAUAAGCUUGGCUUGCCGGAUUACUUUGAAAUCAUUAAGCAUCCCAUGGAUCUAGGGACCAUCAAACAACGUCUGGAAUCUCAGUACUACACUUCAGCCAAAGAAUGUAUUCAGGACUUUAAUCAGAUGUUCACUAACUGUUACAUUUAUAAUAAACCUGGUGAAGACAUAGUCCUUAUGGCACAGACGCUGGAAAAAGUCUUUCUCUCCAAAGUGGCUCAGAUGCCAGCUGAGGUGAGCACACCCAUGGAGGUAGACUUAACCCCAGCCAGUAAAAAGCCACCACCAAAGAAGAAAAUAAUUGCAUCACGAACCCCGUCUGUACCGUCUCACACUAUGAAUUCUGCGGAAUCGUCCAUGGUAACCACAACAACUCAGUCAAAAGAUACAUCAUCUGUAGCAUCAAAUGCAUCUUUAACAGAGACGGUAAAUGCCACACCAGCUGCUAACAUCUCUGCAACUUCGCUAAAGUCGGAGGCGAAUGAAUAUCCCACCAGAAUAAAUUCUGGAGUUCAGUCGUCUGUGAUGCCACCGUCACAACCAACAAAGGUCAGCACAAAGACAAAGAAAGGUGUAAAGAGAAAGGCAGACACAACAACACCCAUUCCACCAAUGGCAGCAGAUCCCUAUGAACCCGACUUUGAUGAUGGUAUAAAGGAAGAAAAACUUCCGAAAAUGGGUUCAGUAAAAAAGCUUACAAACUCUAGUGUGAAAGUGACUCCAAAUAAAAUAAUACCAAAUAAAGUAGUGACUCCUGUAGGAGGUAGUGUUAAUAUUGUUUCAACACCAGUUGGAUCAGCUGCCAAAAUCACACCAGCACGAAGAGAAAGCAAUAGACAGAUCAAAAAGCCAAAGCGAGAUCUACCUGAGGAGACAAGGGUAGAGGGUGAAUCUGUGAAGAAAAGUAAAAUGACGGAACAGCUCAAAUUUUGUCUUAAUCUAGUGAAAGAAUUCUUUACAAAAAAACAUUCAACUUACGCAUGGCCAUUCUACAAGCCAGUGGACGCAGCAUUAUUAGGUCUAAAUGAUUAUCACGACAUAAUAAAGAAACCAAUGGAUUUGGGCACAAUAAAGAACAAGUUGGAAAACAGACAAUAUGCUUCAGCACAGGAUUUUGCAGAAGAUGUUCGGUUGAUAUUCACAAACUGUUACAGAUAUAAUCCACCUGAUAGUGACGUUGUUAUGAUGGCAAAAAAAUUACAGGAUGUGUUUGAAAUAAGAUUUGCGCGAAUGCCAGAUGAACCUACUGGCUUAGAACUAGAAAAACUAAACGCAAAAGAUGAUUCAGCUAGUUCAUUAGGCGAGUCAGACUCUGAUAGUGGUAAUGAAAGUGAAGAAGAGAGAGAAAAGAAAUUAAAGGAAUUGCAGGAUCAGGUGAAAGAGCUUCAGGAUCAGUUACAAAGACUUACACAAGAACAUAUGAAUAGAUUAAAAGAAAAGACAGAACGUAAAAAGAAAAAAAAGAAAAAUCGUGAACGUGAUAAGGAAAGAGUUGAUAAAGUUGUUGACGUUCCCACCGCCUCUGUUAUUCCGGUACCAGUGGCAACUACCACUAGUACAGACUUGAACAGUGCAAAAAAAAUUAUUAAUAAAUCCAACAAAAAAGUGACUAAAACUCCAAGUGAGAAGCGCAAACGAGCGGGUAGUAAGGGUAGUGGUGGUAAAAAAGCUCUAAAAACUCCUUCAAGUUAUCCUAUUCCAUUUGAUAGUGACGAUGAGGAUAACGCUAAACCAAUGACUUAUGAUGAAAAAAGACAAUUGAGUUUGGAUAUAAACAAAUUACCGGGUGAUAAGCUCGGUAGAGUGGUGCAUAUUAUACAGUCCAGAGAACCGUCCUUGAGAGAUUCCAACCCAGACGAGAUUGAGAUAGACUUUGAAACCCUCAAACCAUCAACUUUGAGAGAAUUGGAGUCCUAUGUUAUGUCUUGUUUGAAAAAGAAGCCAAGAAGUUACACAAAACGAACGCCUGGGAAAUCAAAACAACAGGUACAGCAAGAAAAACGUCAAGAAUUAGAAAAACGAUUGCAGGAUGUAACGGGUCAGCUUGGUGGAAGUGCAGCAAAGAAGGGUUCAAAGAAAGAUGGUGAGAAAGGUGAAAUGGAUGUCUCCGGAGGUGCAAGUCGUCUCAGUUCCAGUAGUAGUAGUGGCUCAGAGAGCGAGUCAUCAUCCAACUCGAGCUCAUCGAGUUCAGACUCGAGCGACUCCGAGUCAGGGUCCCCGAAGAAGAAGAGAAAACACAAGUCUGUGAAGGAAAAUGGCAUGAUGUCGCCAAGCAUGAAACUGACUAUAGGUGGUAACAAUACUGUCAUGGUUUCACCGGAUGGCAAAAUGAGAAACGGCACAACACAAAAUUUCCCCAAUAAACAACCAAGCAGACCUCAAACUGUAGAACAGAAGAAAGCCGCAAAUAUUGUACCAGCAAAAGUACCAACAGUGUCAGUCCAGUCGGUCAGUGUAACAGCAGCUGCUAACAGUACUAUGUCGCAACCAAAAGCUGAAAUAGUACGACCUGUGAUGCAUGCGUUACCACAGCAACCAGACAGACCUAGUGCUGUAGCUGCCCCUAAACCUCAAAAUAAAACUACAGUUCCUAUAACACUUCAUGAUCGUACAUUAGAAGGUCUAUUAACUUCACCAGCACCUGUGAAUACAACAACAACAACACCUCGACAGCCUGCACAUGUCCCACAGCCAUCAGUCCAGAAAUCAAUGGCCACAAUCCAGGCACCGCCAUUGUCGGCAUCACCGCCUAUCAUUGUAAGUUCGCCAAUCAAAAUUCAGCAAGAUAAAGAAUUCAUGCCGGCGGCAGUAACAAAGCCAUCUCAGGAGAAGAUAGCAGAGCCUUUAGCAACGUUUUCAAUUGGGGAUGAUUUACCAAGUUCUAGUCCGAAACAUGUUAAACCUCCACCACCGGGAGCUACUCAUUUGGCAAGUGGUGUUGGUGUGAUGUUAAGCCAUGGGAGCCAGUCAACAGGUGCGAUAGAUCAAAAGAAGUCAGAACUAGCCAAAACACCAGUCACGUCGCAGAAGAAGCCUGUGCCAGAUCCAAAGGAUGUAAAGUUAAAGAACACUGGUUCUUGGGCAAGCCUAGCCAAACUGAAUGAUUCAGCACCAACGUCAACCAAAAAGCAAGAAUCUGCCAAGAGUUUCGAGUUGUUCAGGAAACAAGCUCAGGAAAAAGAAAAGCGGGAGAAAGCUUUGAAGCAGCAAGAAGAAUACAGACGACUGCAGAAAGAAAAAGAAGAAAAAGAAAGAAUAAGACAGGAGAAUGAAAGAAAGCGGGAAAAGGAAGAGGAAGAUGCUUUAGAGAUGGCUAGAAGUGCACAGUUGCAGUCGGAGAAAGAUCAACAACGUGAUGCUGAAAAAUUGAAGGCAGAGAGAGAAAAGGAACGAAGACGAGAGCAGGAGAGAAGACGUAGACAGGCGAUGUCCAACCAAAUUGAUAUGAAUGAACAGAGUGCACUGAUGGCGAAAUUCGAGGAUGGUUUGUGAUACAAAACUGUGACAGUAGAGCCUAUACAAAAUGUGCUGGUCGCUAGAGAUGACUCAACUGGUUGAGUGACAAGGAAGUGCUGAUAAAAGAACAGUGGUUUGAAUUGAGUGUUUGGUUAUUUAUUAUAGUGUGUAAAGAAAUACAACAUGAGAUUUUAUUAAAAAUGUAUACUUCUUUGCUGAUAGCAGAUUCAGGUUUACUUGCUUGGGCAAAAAUGGACAAAUAUGAUCUGUUAUUUCUGCCUGCAGUUUGGAUAUUCUUGAAGAAACUGUCAACUACUGACACAGACAUUAACUGGAGAUUCUGGUACACAAGCAAAGAAGUGCUAAAACACUGACGGAAGGAAGAGAGGUGCUUUAUUUAUUAAAAUGUGCAGACAUAUAAUAAAUAUUUACCCAACUGACUGUAGAAAGAUUGUCUUGAUUAGUAAAAUAAAGGCAGUUGAAUGAUACAUGUAUGUGAUGGACAUUAAAUUGUCUUUCACAGAGAAAAUUUAUUAGACUGGAUUGUUGAAACAGGUAGACUCAACUUGUAAGAAAAUUGACUUCUUGCAUAGAAUUUGUUGCUGAUGAAUGUUUUACAGAUUUUUUAGGUCUUUCUAAGGGAAAUAAUUGCACAAGAAUUAAUUCCCGUGGGUCAAAAACUGUGGUAAAGAUACAUAAUUGCUACUUAAAAUGAAUGUGGAUGAAUUUCAUUGUAAAUAUUUAGCAUUUGAACUCAAACUGUAUUUGUUUAAUCCGUUCUUACAGUAUUAAUAGAUUAUAGAUGUGAGAGUUACUGAUUCCUGAAAUUCGGAUAUACUGGUAUAUAAUAAGCUUUGCCAUUGCUAUAUGCCUCAAUAGCCACAAAAAGAAUGUGAUAAAUUUGCUCAAUAAUUAAUCCUGACAAAUUGUUUCAUAUACAGAUUUAUCAUACCACAUAUAAAAAUGAAUCAAGGGUUCAAUGUCAGCCAUGAAAAUAAUGCCGAGGUGUGUCAUAGUUUUGUGAAGGAUAUGCAGUUUAGUUCGUACAGUGCUUUACAUCACAGAAUAUUAUAAAUGUAAGCAAGUGGAUUUUUUUUGUAGGUAAUGUUUCUUUAAUACAAACGCUUAAGUAGAACGUAAGUGAUCAGUCGUUAUUACUCCAGUGUUUGGCUUUCUUUUUCUUCUUCAUAAACACUUGCAUUCUAGCAGGUUUUAUACGGGCGUAUCAUACACAUCUAGUAGUAUUCUUGAAAUACCUUGUACAUAUUCCACACUGUGAAAAAAAGCUUAACAGUAAUGUGCAUAACAGGUGUAAGUUAAAAUAUUCUGGCAUAAGGAUGUCUUUAUCUAGUCCAGCAGUGAAAACCAUGCAGUUGUCACGCUGAAUUUAUUUUGUAGGUUUAAGUAGUCCAUUUUCUACAGAGCAUUUAUUUGUAGUUUCGGUCGUACAAAAUUCUGUCCAUAUAAUUUAUUUGUUUUCACUGUUAUAAUGUGUACAACCGUUAUAUUUUUUGCAUGUUUGUAGAAAUACUACAAGUGUAUAUAAAAAAAAUAGUGAAAAUAUCACAUCAGGACUAAAAGAACAUUUGCAUUAUUGUACAAAUACAUUUCUGAUGUGACUAGAUUGUUUUUACUGAAUAGAUAAUACCUGUUCUGUUAAUACCAUAAGUUAAAUUUAGUAAUUAGGUAAUAAGGCAAAUUAUGAUUUAGUUGCUGUGAGAAACCCACAGACAGGGUUUACUUUAAAACGUCAUCUAUUUAAAUUUGUGGGUGGAUUAUCCAUUUCUUACUAAUACGUUGAAAUGUCUUAAAAUUUAUCAAUUUUAAAACUUGACAUGGUGAACAAUUUUGCAAGGGAGACACUACUCACUAUUAGACAGUAGAUGGAUCAGUUUUUUUGUUACAGAUGUUGGGGUAACAUUUGUGUACAUGAAGUCAAAUAUGCUUUGAUAAUGAAAUAAAAGAUGGAAAUCAUAACUGAUACAUACCACAUACAUAAAUCGCAAUGUCUUUAUAUAUUCAAAGGGGCCUCCAUCUAUUUAUUAGGCAAAUUACUAUAUGUUAUUUUAAGAGUUUUUAUUAUUUUCUGUAAAAAUGUAUCUUCACACUAGCUGUAGUUAAGCAGACUAUGUGUGUGCAAGACUUUAUUCCUAAUAUGAAUAGCCUCUGACCAAGUUUAAAUUUUUCUUACGAUUGUUUAGGUUACACUGUUCUAACAUUUGUUAAGAUAAACUCUGUAAUGUCUCGAGGGAAGAACUGCCACAUUUCAUAUCAUUUGAUUAUUUUGUGUUCAUUUCUGUUGUAAUCAUGUAUUACUGAAAAAAAUCUGAAAUUUAAAACUUGUUUUCUCAUUCUUCAUAUUGUAAAUGAACUCAUUCUUCAUCUUUGUGUUGUUUCAUAAAUUGUCAAAGAAAAAGACAUUAAAAACAAGCAUGUUCCCAUCAUUAUGUGUUUGUAGUUUAGACUUAAAUCAAUCUAGCUUAGAUUAUUCAUGAAAUUUAAAUUUGCACAGUAUCUGUGCAUGUAAAGAAGUGGUGUUGCCUUAUUCAAGGUGUAGUUAUUUUCAUUCUUUAUUCCUGUCAGGGGAGAUUACAUUGUAAUAUUCCUCGUACAUUUUAAUCACCCUUUCCUUAUAGUGGACAAAUAAUAUUACCGGUUGUUGAUUCUAGUAAUGAUUCAAAGGAAGUCAUAUUUUAAAUACGUUGCAAGGUUCGAAAAUCAAAUGCACUGAUCAUCUAGAGACUUGUAAUUUUGUCAAGAGACUAUUUUCUGCCUUGCAGCAUGACUACUCUACUCCAGUUUAACUCCCUGUAUACAUUUGUAAGUUUGUAUUCAGUUCACACCAUUUUGAUCAUACAUUUGUAGUUUUGCUGUACAUAUUUUUGAAGCGUAAUAUAUAUUUUGUAUAUAAAAUUAGUUUCAACACCUCACAGGAUCCAUCUGGCCAUUAGUUUACUGCAAUAUUUACUCAGUUCAUUGUUUUUGUAUAGUUUUUCAUUUCUGUAUUUGACUUCUGUUCCAUGUUACUGUCUGACCAUAGCAUGAAAGUAAUGACUGAAAAUUGAAAUGGUUGAAAUAUGUUAAACUGGUCCAAAAUGCUGAAGUAUUUUUGUGUUACUGCUAGUUUCAGGUUUUACAGCACUUUAAAUGUUUAUAAAAUGGAAGAACUGUUUGUAUCGACCUGCCAUACUCCUUGAUGUGACUAACUUUUCUCGUGUGUUUACUGUAAAUUAUUGGGAGUUUUUUUUCUUCUUCUAUUUUACAAUGUGUAUGCUUUCAUACUGUUGCCUAAUUUGCAAAAGUCUCUUCUUGCAAUGUUGUGUACGUUAAAGGGCCUUCAUGGCCAAGUGGUUAGGGUUGCUGACUUUUGGUCACUUGCCCCUCAACACUGGAUUUGCAGCCAGGCUUGAGAUGUAGAAUUAUUUCAUGUGAAGAAGCCAUCCAAAUGGUUGAUGGAAUGUUUGUUCUACCUAUGUGCACACACAUACCUGAAAUAAUGCUGGGAGGAGCAGCUGAGGGUCUGCCUCCACUGUCAGAGGAGGAAAGGCAUCUAUUAUUGUGUUGUAUACAAUAACAGUAAAAUUUAUAUAAAGGAAACUUUUAUUUUAGGAACAGGUGAACUUUGUAAUUCUCUGUGUAAUAACAUCCAUGUUGAAAAUGAUUUUAAUACUGUAGUCAUAGUUUAUUACAUGUACUUAAUUUUUGUCUCAUUUCCUGUUGUGAGUUAAAUUUUUGUCUUAUUUUCAUGUAUUGUUACCUGAAAAAUAAUUAAAUCUUACUAUUAAGAUAAAAAAACAUUUUCUGUUGUGUGUAAUUUAAAGUCAUUGUUGGUAUAAAUAAAAAUUAUUUGUUACUCUUUUUAAAAAUUAUAUUGUUUGUAUUUCAUGUUUAUUUCAGAGAAUAUUACGUUUAUUAUUUAAAGCUUGUUCAUACAAAUUGCAAAAAACAUUCUCUAAUUUCACCUGUUGACCAAAUUUAAGUCCAUUUCAGGUUAUAUAUUGUAGUUUUACAAUGACAUUUUAAUAACUGUUCAGCUACUUCCACAAUAGAUUAUGUAGGAACCAUUCUCUCUCGUAGGAUCAAGACUUUGGGGAUAGAAUAGUUUAAAAGAGUAAUGUGCAAAAUAAGGAAUCAUUGCACGGAAUCAGCUGCAUCUAAGUUGCACUGCAGGGAUUUCAGAUUUAAUGGAAUAGAUCUUCUGACUGUCUGCUGAUGAGUUCUAAGUUGUAAUUGCUAUGCUUGUAAAGCAAACAGAUAGAAAGAAAAGGAACACAUACCUUUAUACACAUCAGUAGGAGCAUGAUAUUCAAAUUACAGUGUCUUUGGUGGCAAGUAAUUUACAUUGCUAGUGAUGCCCAUGGAUUUACAUUCUUUGCAAGCAGUUUACAUUUCCAUUGAUAUGAAAUUUCCAUUUUAACAUUCACAUUGUUAUCUGAAAUUUAUUUCUUUUUCUUAUGGAUUUAUGACUAAUAUUAUAUGUAAAUACAUACAGUCGUUUGUGUAUGUUCAGUUUUGAGUAACUUUAUUUUUGUGUGAAUGUGUGUAAUAAUUGAUCAUAACAUUAAACUAAAGGGUCACAUCUCUAGAUUUAUUUCAAGUUUUUAAAAUAAAGAAAAUAUUUUGAUUUUUAUAUGCCUAUGACACAAGACAUUUUUACAUGCCCGUGAAAUGAGGUGUAUUAUGUGAUCACCUACGUUGGAUGGGCAGUGUCCACUAAAGUUGUCUGCUCUCAGACUUGAGCAUUUCUUAUCCAGUGUUCACCAAACUUGGUCAGAAGGUAUUUGUGCAUAAUAACUCCAACAAAGUUCAAUAACCAGCAAGAUUGUGCCAAAGGCUUUGCAGUUAUGACCCUUGAAAUAUUAAAAAAUGCAAAAAUUGAUGUUGUCUACUCACUUAUGCGAGUAAUUCUUAUCCAGUGUUCACCAUUCUUGGUCACAAUGUUUACGAUAUCUCGCACAUUUCGAUAACCAGCUGGAUAUUCAAUUACUCCUUAGUUAUGGCCCUUGAAUUACUUGAAAUUGCAAAAAAAACCAAAAAAAACAAAAAAACUAUAGUGUCCACUUUGAUAACCAGGAGGAUAACUUUUGUUGUUCAGGAGCUACAGCCCUUGAAUUAGUAGAAAUUGAGAAAAUUGACAAGGCAACUCAUUGAAUAGAGCAUUUCAAAAGUCAAAAAAGUAAUUUGCUGCAACAGGCAUAUAUUGUGACAGUUUGUCACUCUUUGUAAUUAUUGUAAGUAAAUGCUGAAGAAGCAGUGAUUCAUGAGUUUUAUACAGUAUUUGUAUAUAAAGGAACAUCUGUGCUAUAUGUUAUAAUCUAGUGUUAGUAACCCAGUAAAAUACAGUAAUAAAUUGGUUAAAACUUGAUGAAAAAUAGAAGGAACUUAGCAAAACUUCAGUAAAUUAUAACUUUCAUUUGAUAUUUCGGUAUAUUUUAAACGCAUUGUUUUCUUGUAUAGAAAUUUAUAAAAAUGAAUGAUUAAUGUGAUGUACAUCUAGAGUUGUGUCCCUUUAAUAGUCCUUAGAGCAACAGUGUGUUAUCUGCCUUCUCGAGUCAUAUAUACAUAUCACAUUGAUGCUGUAAGUGAUUUAUGUGAGACAAGUCUGAAUAGAAGUGAUUAUUUGUAUAUUUAUAUGCAUAAAUGGCUGGAAAGCUUCAUUUUUGAAUACAGAUGAACACAUAUGAAAAAUAAAAAUGUCAGAAAACAGAUAAUAA